UGUACAUACAUACAGACAGCAUAAAUAUACAACGCCAUACCCCCCCUGCGCGCAACAAGACACAAGCAGCCACGCAUCCUCGUGCGUAUCAUCAUGCGGUGUCAGUUCUUGAUUUGCUUCGUGCUCGUCGUCGCUGGGCUCUGGCCGCUGCAGGCGGGUGCGCAGAAGUACGCCGCCAUCUUCAACUUCGGAGACUCCCUCGCGGACGCCGGCAACCUCUGCGUGGACGGAAUCCCGUCGCACCUCGCCACGGCGCGCCCGCCGUAUGGCAUGACCUACUUCGGGUACCCGACGGGGCGCGUCUCCGACGGCCGCCUCGUCGUCGACUUCAUCGCGCAGGAGCUGGGGCUGCCGCUUCUGCCGCCGUCCAAGGCAAAGAACGCCACGUUCCACUACGGCGCCAACUUCGCCAUCACCGGAGGCACUUCGCUGGACACGAGCUUCUUCGAGGCGCGCGGGCUGGGGCGCCAUAUCUGGAGCUCCGGCUCCCUGCACACGCAGCUCGGGUGGUUUGAUGACAUGAAGCCAGCCAUCUGCAGCUCCCCAAAAGAGUGCAGGGACCUCUUCCGGCGGUCGCUGUUCAUCGUCGGCGAAUUCGGCGGGAACGAUUACGCCGCCUCGCUCGGCGCGUUCCUCCCGCUGGAGCUGGUGCACACUUUCGUGCCUCACAUCGUCAACUCCAUCGGCAAGGGAAUCGAGAAACUGAUCGCGGAUGGCGCGGUGGAUCUGGUUGUGCCGGGUGUGCUUCCCAUCGGCUGCUUCCCAAUGUACCUGACCAUCUUCCGCAAGAAGCCGGAGAUGUACGGCCCGCGCAGCGGCUGCAUCAAGGAUCUCAACACGCUGUCGUGGGUGCACAACGCCCUGCUGCAGAGGAAGAUCGCCGAGCUCCGGCAAAAACACCCCGCCGUGCGCAUCGUCUACGCCGACUACUACACCGCCGUCAUGCAGUUCAUCCUCCACGCCGAGAAGUGGGGGUUCCUAAGGCAGACGCCGAGGACAUGUUGCGGCGCGCCGGGGGUGGGCAAGUACAACUUCAACCUCACUUCCAUGUGUGGAAACCCUGGCGCGUACGCCUGCGACGACCCAUCGGAUCACUGGAGUUGGGACGGCGUCCACCUUACGGAGGCUGCCUAUGGCCACAUUGCCAAGGGCUGGCUCUACGGGCCCUUCUCCGACCCGCCGAUCCUCAAAGACCGGCACCAUAUAUGAGUCCUCUUCUAUUCAGGGAAAUUUUUAAUAAUGGCGAAUUUACACUUUAAAGAUUAUGGAUUCAAGAUGAUAGCUUUAUAGGACCAAAAGGAGUAGGAGCUGGCUAGUGAUGGAUAGAUAUAGAUGUUUUAUUUUUCUAGAUGACACCACGAAAAGAAUCAUCUGUUCUAGAAAAAAGGUAGUCAAGGGGCAUGAAAAUGGUUUCUCUAGCACAAAGCCAACAAUGGUGCCCCCAAAUCUAGCCCGUCUAUGUAGAAUUAAAGAGAUACUGUUUUAGCUCAGCCAACAAUGGUGCCCCCAAAUCUAGCCUGUCUAUGUAGAAUUAUAUAUUUUACUGGUGACUGUGUAGGAAUAUUUAGAUUAGUGUGUAAUUGUACGUCUCUUGUAUUCAUUCAUUGUAUAAUAAAAUUAUAACAAUUUUGAUGAAUCCUACAUGCUUACAUACUUUAUUUCAUAUGUAAGAUAAUUUUAUUUAAA